UGUGUUACCCUUCUGUCAGUGUCAAAAUCCUGAAUAAACAUAUUUGGGACUAUUGUGAUUUUGUGGUACAUUAAUUAAUUAAAACAGGGAAAAUAUUGUAUUUACUUUCAGUAAACAUAAUUCCUACUUUAACUUUAAUCAACCAUUGAAGUGCAGUUAUAUUGAUAGAUAAAAUGGAAAUAAAUGAUAUCUAACGAAAUCUAAAUAGCUUGUUGAUGUUGCUACGUUUUAAUUAGUAUUGGUAGUCUUUUUCAUUAAAAUUUACAACAUGUCGGAAUCUACGGAUAUUAAGGACGGACUGGAUAAAAACCUGGAAGACUUUGAAAUACAAGAAGUGCUUCGAAAUGGCACAGACUUGCGGGAGUAUGCCUUGCAACUCGACAAAGGUAUAAAGGAUGCCGAAAAGACAUCUGUAGCAGAUUACUUGAAAGAAAGUGAAAAUAUUGCCUCUUUACACAACCAGAUUGAAGAUUGUGAUGGAAUCCUUGCUAAAAUGGAAAGCAUGCUAAUGGUUUUCCAAAAUGACCUGGGCAGUAUCAGCAAUGAAAUAAUUAGUUUACAGAAGCGCUCAGUAAGCAUGUCAGUGCAACUGUCUAAUCGGCAGGUGUUGAAGGGUCCUCUAUCUACUUUUAUUGAAGACAUGGCAGUCUCUGAAACACUUAUAUUUGGUAUCAACAAUGUUCCUGUAACAGAUAAAGAAUUUAUGGUACAGUUAGCAAUAUUGAACCAAAAACUCAAUUUUGUGAAGGAGCAAGACUUCAAAGAAACUAAAGCUUGCCAUGAUGUUAAAGAUGUUCUGGAAAAAUUGAAGAUAAAAGCUGUUUCAAAAAUAAGAGCAUACAUUUUGGAGAAUAUUUAUAAAUUCCGCAAACCAAUGGCUAACUAUCAGAUACCUCAGAAUGCUAUGCUUAAGUACAAGUUUUUCUUUGAGUUUAUAUUAGCCAAUGAGAGAAAUGUUGCCCAAGAGAUUUGCAAUGAAUAUAUUGACACACUGAGCAAAGUAUACUACUCUUAUUUCAAAUCAUAUGCCUCAAGAUUGGACAAGUUAAAGUAUGAGGAAGCUCCCAGCAAAGAUGAUCUAAUGGGGAUUGAAGAUGGAUCUAAAGGAGGCUUCUUUCAAAAAUCUAACUUGAAAAAUAAAAGCACAAUAUUCACAAUUGGCAACAGAGGUGAUGUAUUAGCUCAGCAACUUGAAGCCCCCAUUAUUGUACCCCAUGUGCAGCAAAAAACUAAGUACUCCUAUGAAGCCCUCUUCAGAAGUCUCCAAUAUGCACUGGUAGACAAUGGCUGCAGGGAAUAUUUAUUCACAACAGAAUUCUUCCAUGUGAAAGGAAGUCAUGCACAGGAAUUGUUUGAUAGAAUCCUUGGAAAAACAUUAUCCUUGCUUGUGGUAUGCAAACCAAAUAUGAUUAUUGAUGACUGCCUGGCAUUGUACCUUUGCAUACAACUUAUAAACAGAUACAGAUGGAUGUGCCACAAAAGGGCAGUAGGUGCUUUAGACAGUUAUUGGGAUUCACUGCAAGGCACAUUAUGGCCACGGUUAGAGCAUGUGCUGAAAUUAAAUAUUCAGAGUGUGCGAGAAUGCGAUCCUGCAAAAUUAUCCAAUAAAGAAUUGGGACCUCACUAUAUUACCCGGAGAUAUGCCGAAUUUUCUGCUGCUAUGCUGAGCCUUAGCGAACAGUUUCCUUCAGAAGAACUUAGCAAUAUUCUGCUUGUUCUACAAGAUGAAGUCAAUUGCUUCUUACUUAAAAUGGCAGCUGAAUUUCCACAAAGGAUACAGCAACUGAUUUUCCUCAUUAAUAACUAUGACAUGAUCUUGAGUAUAUUAAUGGAAAGAACAAGAGAUAACACAAAAGAGGCUGAAAGCUUCAGGGAACAGCUGCAAGCUAGAAGCUCGGAAUAUGUCGAGGAGAUUUUAAGCCCACAUUUUGGAGGAAUGAUACAGUUUGUCAAGGAAGGUGAACAAUUACUUGAUUCUGACAAAAAAACGGAAUUGGCAAACUUGGAGCGCAAAUCUUUAUCUUUGGUAGCGUCAUUCAGCUCUGGCUGGAAACAAAGCCUUGAAGAGAUUCAUAGGGAAGUGCUUGUUUCCUUCCCAAAUCUUGUAACUGGAUCUGGUCUACUGCAAAUGGCUCUUACGAACUUUGUACAAUAUUACCACAAGUUUGCUAAGUUGCUAACUCCUAAUGCACGAACACAAUUAGUCAAUAUUCACGUGAUUAUGGUAGAAAUAAAAAAAUAUAAAACAAAUUAUUAAUACGAAUUAAAUAUGUAUUGUACUUAUUUUAUUGAAUGUAAUUAAUUUAAGUAUUAAUGUUUUGCUUAAAGUAAUACACACUAUAUUAUUAUC